AUGUAUCCAGAGAACUGGACCCAGGUAACAGAAUUUGUGCUGAUCGGUUUCCCUGGUAGCUGGACCCUACAAAUCACACUGUUCCUGGGGCUUCUGGUGACAUAUGUGGUGACAGUCACAGGGAAUUUCCUCAUCAUUGUGCUUAGCUUUUCUGACCAUCGCCUGCACACCCAGAUGUAUUUUUUCUUGAGAAAUCUGUCCCUCCUAGAGCUGGUAUUAGUCUCCGUUGUUGUACCUAAGAUCCUGGUCAGCAUCCUCACCAGGGACUACUCUAUCUCCUUUGCUGGCUGCAUCAUGCAGUCCUACUUCUAUUUCCUCCUAGGCACCACAGACUUCUUCCUCUUGGGUAUGUCCCUUGACCGAUAUCUGGCCAUCUGCCGUCCAUUACACUAUGAGACUCUGAUGAAUCGUCCCAUCUGUGUCCGACUAGUGAUAGCCUCCUGGAUUGCUGGUUUCCUUUGGGUUCUCUCUCCUACCAUCCUCAUGGCUAGCUUGCCUUUCUGUGGCCCCAAUGUCAUUGACCACUUCUUCUGUGACAGCUGGCCACUUAUGCGGCUCUCUUGUGGAAAUACCCAACUUCUAGAGUUAGUGGCCUUUAUACUUUCCACAGCUGUUCUUCUGGGCUCCCUAGUACUGACUUCUGUCUCCUAUGCAUGUAUCCUUGCUACUGUCCUCCAGACUCCAUCAGCCACAGAACGGAAGAAGGCUUUUUCUACCUGUGCUUCACAUCUCACCAUGGUUGUCAUCGUCUAUGGCAGCUCCAUCUUCCUUUAUAUCCGCACAUCAGAGGCCCACUCUAUGCUCCUUAAUAAAGGAGUCUCAGCGCUGGGAUGCAUCAUCACCCCACUUCUGAAUCCAUUCAUCUUUAGCCUCCGUAACGAUAAGGUGAAGCAGGCCCUAGGAGAUGCCUUGAGAUGGCAUAGGAAUAUAGGCAACAGAAGGCUGUAA